AUGUCCAAUUCAGCCGGCGUUCUCUCCCUGCCGCGCCCGCCACCCGCAUCAUCGUCGACCCAAAGCACCACGACUGGGUCCCGCGUGUUGUCGCCCUCCCGACGGUCUAAGAGCCCUGUCAAGAAGGUCGCCGACUUGCGCUAUUUUACAGAGCCGGUCACGUACUGUGGCUUGGAUGACCCAGGCAUUCAGCUGCCCGCCGAGAUCCAGGACCUCUCGAAUCAGAUCGCAGUGGUGGCAUUUGGCGAGGGCAGUCUUCCCACCAGCAUUAAAGCGCGUCUCUUGGUGCAGGACACGGUUCACGCGUCGAGCCCGCGCGAGAGAAUCCCUGAUUUCUUCUUCGGUGACUACAACGGGAACGGGACCGACUCCGCAACCCGCGACGAUGCCAUACGUAAAGACCUCGAUAUGCACGCCCAGCUCAUGAAGGUCAUCGCUGCAACGAGACAAAGCGUAAGAUGGACAAGAAGUGAAGCGGCCUGGAACCUCUAUGUGCAUUCUCUGAUGUUGGAAUUGGCACUGGCGACUGUGGACAAUGUCAGAUCCGAGCUUAUAACAACAGCACAGAUCCUAUCCGACUUCCUACCUCUUACUGUCGCUCCUGGGACCCGACCGAGCGAAUACGGCCCAGCAACAACCUCGGCUACCACCAUAGUCACGUCCCAGGAGAAGAUGGUUGACUUUGCAUUCGUGCUCGACUGUGGACAGGGGUCGCCGCUCCACUCCCCGUUCGGCCAAAAGUCGAUUAACCACUCGGAUUACGGCCCGUUAUACGAACUGCCCGCGCCUAUCGCGGUAGAAGCUAAGACUGCUACCGGGUCAGAGGAAGAGGAAAAGGUGCAGCUAGGCGUGUGGACGGCGGCAUGGUUCCGAAGGAUGAAGAUGCUUGUAGGCUCCUCCAAGCUUCGCAAAUCGUCUGCUACAGGAGGCAGCGAGACAGACCAGACUGCCGGCAAUCUCGACAGCGCCCUCAGUACCGCCGUGAUCUCAGUCCCCUUACUCCUGGUCGUCGGCGAGCGAUGGAUGUUGUUUUAUGCCUGUGAAAAGGACAAUCGAAUCAUAAUCUACGGCUCCGACGCCAUCGGGGACACCAGCACCGUUCUGGGUGUUUACAAACUUCUACGGGCUCUCCAGUGUAUCGGCCGAUGGAUCACAGCGCAUUUCCUCCCCUGGUUCGCCGCUAGUGUUGAGGGUUUAGGCUUAGGUGGGCUGUAACCAGAAGAGGUUGCCUCGUUGCUGCGGUAAACUGGCUCCCUCUUGCCAGAAAAACGCGUACACACACAUCGAUACUCACAUCUUAAAGAUGUAAAACGAGAUUUAAUUAGCUAACUAGGUAGUUCCACUUUACUAUCUUCGUCUUCUUCUUUCCUCUUUCCUUCAAUUUCUUUUCUUUAUUUUUUUUAUAUAGUAAUAAUCGUAUUUGCUUAACUCCAUUUACCAGGGUGAGGGGCUUGGUGUACGGCCUUUUUUCGACGAUGAGGUGACUGGGUUGUAUUCUGGAAUCAGUACCUCCAGGAUUGAGAGACAUAAUUGUAUUAAAUUCGAGGGCAUGAUAAAGAAAGUACCGAUAUCUACAGCAGCUUUCCUGGCCGGACACGCUGGAUAGACAAAUC